AACUGGGCCCCCAGAUUUCCUGUUGUCGUGACCAUUGCUAUUAUUAUUGUUGUAUUUGUUGUUGUCGUUGGGAGUGUGUGUUUGUUGUGAACAUUUCCAUUUUGUUUUUUUUUUUUUGUUUGCAUUAUGGUGCACAAAACCGUUGACGAAGAAUUCGCAAGUCUCGUCUUGGAGCUGCAAGUCUGGCUUAAGACACACCCACAGUUGCCGCAGAAUAUAUCGCCCACCUUACUGAGACGAUUUCUGCACACGACGCAUGGCGAUAUCGGGGGAGCACAAAGGCUUUUGGAACUAAACUAUGCGCUGCGCAACAAACAUUCACAGAUCUUCAUCGAACGCGAUCCGCUGGAUGCGAGCUCCCAGCAAUUGUUGCAAGUAGCCGAUUUGGUGCCAUUGCCCGGCCUGACGCCCGAGAACAAUAAGCUACUCUUUUAUCGUCUGAUCGACUCCGAUGCGGAUAAGUUCAAUUUUACAGCCGGCAUUAAGGUCUUCUUCAUGGUCGCCGAUUGUCGAUUCGCCUUGGAGAGCGACGAUCGUCUCUCCGAAGGCGAAAUACCCAUUUUCGAUAUGGCCGGCUAUACGUUACGUCAUCUGACCAAAACAGUGCUCAGUUCGCUGCGCGUCUACAUGAAGUUCGUACAGGAGGCCCACCCGGUCCGUCUCAAGGAGGUGCACGUUCUCAAUUGUCCAUCCUAUUUGGACAAAGUGCUCACAGUGGUUAAGCCCUUCAUCAAGAGCGAUGUCUUCAAGCUGAUACACUUCCAUUUACCCAAUGCGGACACACCCUACAAGCAUUUUCCCCGCGCCAUGCUGCCCACAGAGUAUGGCGGGGAGGCGGGCCGUAUGGCUGACCUCAAGCAGCAGUGGAUGCAGCAGUUGGCAGAUCAGCGCGAGUAUCUGAUGGAUGCUAACAACUGGCAACUCAAUAAGAGCAAAAAGAUGAUGAAUGGCAGCAAAAGCAAAGACGUAACCCAAAGCUUGAAGGCGCUCGAAAUUGAUUAGUGAUAUGGUGCCAAGUGAUGAGGUUUUCACUUUAUAUAUACUUUGUUAACACACAUACAUUAAUGUGUGUAUAUGUAACUGUAAAUAGGCAUUUAUAUACAUAUCGAUACACCCGUACUCGUAAUCUAUGAAUCUUUGGAAUAUAUACUUUUGUUCAUUCUUAA